AUGGACAAAUCUCCAGCUCUGAAGGCUGCCUCGGCAAAUACAAAAAAGCAGGGCGUGGCAAAGUCGAAGGUCUCCUCUGUAGGAAAAAAAGCGAUGAAAAAACAACUGGAAAUUGAUUUGGAACAACCCAAACACAGAGAUCCUGUCAGUUCCAAUGAUGUGGACGUCAAGCAACUUGCUAAAGACCAAGACGCUCUACAAAGCGCCAAUGAAAUGGUGGCACAAAGAAUUGCCGAGCGUGAGGCUCGUCUUGGCGAUCACUAUGAUAAAUUGCUGGCCAAAUACCUCAUAUCUUUGUUCAAUCUCUCCACAAUCGAGGAUAAAGUUGCUGAGGAUGUCUGGUCACUUCGAGUUCUUGCAAUACAAAUUUCUUUGCAGAACCCUUUCUCAUUUUUUGGCAUUGAAGAAUUCAAGGAACAACCGCACGACAAUCAAUUCUUUGAUGGUGCCAAGUCGGAUCCACGACUUCACCUUGAAAAUCCAUUGGUUGGCUUUUGGUCGAUCUGCUCUGAAUUGUUUGAUUAUCCAUGGGCGACAAUUACUACAAUGACCCACCUUUGUCUGUCAUCUGUGGUAUCAAACAAAAACGUCCAGCACCUUCUCAAUCCUUCUUUUGAUCAUCCAGUGCCAACCAACACUCCCAACAGUGCCCUUGCAGACAAUGAUGUAUCGGAUGGAGAUGGGGUUUCUACAGAUGGGGAUGCGGAGGCGGACCCAAUGACAGUUGAUGGAAGGGAGAUCCUGGAUGACGAUGAAGACAAUGAGGUGCAGGUGACAGGCGUUUGUCACAACCCUAGGCCCUCACUGUCCUCCAAUGACGAUGAAGACGAUGAUGAUGACAAUGAGGAUGUUACAUCUGUACAGAUGAAAGAUGCUGGAGAAGGUGAAGAAAGGGAGGGUCCAACAGAUGUUGCAGCAAGGGAGGAUCAAGUCAUUCCUCAAAAUCGAUUUACGCCUGUGGCUUCUCAGAACCCCUUGCCAACAACCAACUCACGCCUACAUCGGCCACUAACUGUUGUGGAAAAAAUCUCCAGGCUGACUCAAGUAAACCUGGAGACAUCCCUGGGAAAUGCCACAUUUUCAAAAUAA